CAGCCGCUUGGGAGGGAGUAGAUAGACCAGGAGAUAGACAGGGAGAAAUGGCGCCUCGAUGCUGCGCUCACUGAAGCAGUGUUUGGAGCCGGUUGGAGAGAUUCGGUGAAGACAGUUCAAAGGAGAGAAACAUGGAGAAGACGAGGAAGAGCCCCCGGACACGGAGCGGCGCCUUCAUCUCCUCCAGGACGCGAUCGUCAUCGAGAAAAGAGAGAAACUCAGAGGAACAUAAGGAGCCCAGCAGUGAUGCGAGCAGUCCCAACAGCCCACGGUUGGCACCCCCUGCCAAACGAACGCGCCGGCAGACAGCCUCCGAGCCAAGCUCCAGUGACACUUCGCCGUCCCCUCAGGCAAAGGGCCAGCGGGUCAGCUGGGGCUUGCCAACCUACCGCACCCGGCUGUCUUCUCGCAUAAUGCAAAAUGGACACGCGCAAAGGAAUCACAGGAGCGAUGAGAGCGGAGGGGCUGAUCACUCCCGAAUGAACGGCCACGUGGAGCUGAAGAGGAGCUGCCGGGUGAGGAAGAGCCAGUUCCAGCACCUCAAUCAGAGCCUGCUGUUCGACCAGCUGGUCAACAGCACCGCCGAGGCCGUUCUGCAGGAAAUGGACAACAUCACCAGCAUCAGGCAGAACCGUGAGCUGGAGCGACUUCGCAUGUGGAACGGAGAAACGGAGGAGGAAAAUAUGGACAUGUAUUCUCGGGUGAAGCGCCGAAAAUCGAUGCGUAGGAGCACUUUCAACAUGCCUGCGCACCACAAAGUCAUGAGCAAGGAUGAGGAAGAAGAGGAGGAGGAAGAAGGGACAGAAGGUACAUCUAAAGCNACUUCCUGCCUGGUUCCUUCA